AUGUCUGCAAACUGGAAGGCUUUACAGAAAAGACUGAAUAUACUCGACAAAAAGAGUCCAACAAUGAAACCACCAUCAAAAUCAAAGCUAAAAGAAGCAAUUAGCAAAGUCAACAACCCUAUUGAUUCGGAUUUAAUUGAUGACCCUUCAAUACCAGGUCUUUCAGAAUUUCAGAGGAGGCCAAAACGCCUAGAUGCAGUUCUUUUGAAUGAGGAUGAAAACUUGCUCGGUAUCAGCUCACCAGAUACUGUUGUAUACAGCAAAUCAAAGCAGAAGAUUGGAACUUUCUUGGCCCUAGACUGUGAGUUUGUUGGGACAGGGUUCAAAGGAAAAAAUAGCGAACUGGCGCGCGUAUCUAUUGUAAACUAUUAUGGCUAUCCUGUUUUGGAUCUAUAUGUCAAGCCUUUGAAUUUUGUUACCGAUUGGAGGACAAAAUGGAGUGGCAUCACGCCAGACAUGAUGAAAGAAGCCGUUGCGUUUUCUGAGGCUCAAAGUAUGGUGGCUGCCGUUCUCAAAGGCAAAGUAUUGAUCGGACAUGGUUUGAGAAAUGAUACCAAGGUUAUGAUGAUCUCACACCCACGCCACUCUACCAUCGAUACCCAAGUUUUGCAACGAUACAGGGACUGUCCUGUGAUUAAAGGCAGGCCAGGUCUCAAACGCUUGGUAAAAUCAUAUCUCGGGCUCGAUAUCCAAAUUGGCUCUCAUAGCUCUGUUCAAGACGCACAGGCCAGUAUGUUGCUGUUCCGUUUGUUCAAAGAUGAAUACAUGCCAAACAAGCCCAAAUCUAGAAUACGCCAGUAA